AUGCCUGAAGAUAACGAGUCUGCGUCGAGGAGUGAGGAAUACAGCGACGAGAACAAAUGCAGUGUACCUUCACAAGAGAAAAGGCCGGAGCGCUCGCGGGUAGUGACCAUCCCCGACUCCGACGAUGAGGCGGAGGAUCUUGAUGAUGGCGACAACCUUGACAAUCCAGCUCGGGAGCAGACACCUACAAGGCAUAGUUUAAAGGCAGCCAAGUCGGGAAAGCGAAUCGAGCCUGGUGGGGAAAAGCAGAACGAAGAGGAUGCUUAUGCAGUUGGCGAAGAAACACAGUUUGCCCUUGACCUCCUCGCGUCCGGGACCGAAGGCACGCUAUCGACAAUUCAAAGUGGUUAUCAGGAGACUUCCCAGAAUAGCUCCCGGAAGCGACCAGACCCAGUGAAGCAGACACCAAGACAGACGCGGAAGAAGGCGACGGUGACCUUCUCAUCCCCACAAUUUUGCCCAGAUGAGGAGGACGACCACGCAGCCCAGCACAAAACCCAAGUCUACACCCAGAUGAACAGCCAGCGCGUGGACCUCGCCAUCAUUCGAGCUAUGCCUCCCCCAACUGACCGAUCGGAUAUAUUCAUAUCAAUCCACCCACAGCACGUGCAGAAAAUCGUGAACGGCACCAAGGAUCACGAGUUCAGGACAUGGAAAAUUCCCAGCACCGUUUCACGAAUAUGGAUCUACGUUACCAAACCCGAGUCUAUGCUCCGCUACAUGGCAUGCAUCGGCCCCGCCAAGGUGCCCGGUGAGAUUGUGAACGAACGCGGGAUCGGCAAUGCCGAGUUCAACAAGAAGGCGGGCAAGCCUGGGUUUGCGUACGAGAUUGAAGAACUAUACGAGCUUAACAACCCAGUUCCGCUUAAACGGAUGAAGGACAACGGCUGGGUUGACGCCGCACCGCAAAAGUACGCAUUUGUGCCCCCGGUGGUUGUGUCUCAGCUCCAGGCAAAUCUUCGAUGCCAACUCCUUCUUGAUGAUGACGGCGAAGGCCCAAUCUUUGAAGACGAGAUCAACGCCUCACAGCCCAAACAAUCUGCCACGCUGUCCCAGGAAACAGGGGAGGUAGAGGCCCAGUUACUCAGCGACAUUGCGUACUCGACACAGCACCCACAUCGGACGACCGGCCCGACCCAACCCAUAUUCCAUGAUAGUGGCAGCCCCGUGCGCAUUCCCGAAGGGGACUUUGACCUGAGGACCUCUCAGCUCGUGACCGCGAGCCAACUGUUGCCGGAGACGUUGAUGAGGGACGACGAGAGCGGGCCACCGAUGGGCUAA